AUGGCUAAGCACAAGACCAACGGUCGUAAUGAUAAUCCUUACGUUCAUAUCACUACUCCCACCUCGGCUUCUGAUAAGAGAUCGAAGGAUAAGGUUCUUGAGAUGUUGGGACGUUGCGGGAAGAAAGUUAGAAUGGGAGACAAACGAAUAGUGCGUAUCAAAGAGAAAGUCUUAGUUGCACAUGGAGUAGCGAAAAUAAGCGCAUAUGUGACACACGGCAUAUUCCCCAAGAGUGAUCUCGCGGAAGGUCUGAGCUAUUUCUGGAUUACAGACUCAUGUGGAUUGACUGUGAAAUAG